UCUCUCUAUCUCUCAAUCCCAUUCCACAAGAGAGAGAGAGAGAGAGAGUUGAAGCAAUGAAGGGACAGAAGUCGUGCAUGAAGGGGUUGUACCUUGGCGUAGCGGUGACGGUGUACGCAUGUUGGUUGAUGGUACAACCCGAAGCAGCAGCAACGACAGAAUCAAAGGUAUGUUACGCGAGGAAGAGUCCAUGUUUCUUAAAGAAGCAGACAUGUCCCAGGCAAUGCCCUUCCUUUACCCCCUCCGGUGGCCGUUCAAAGGUCUGCGUCGUUGACUGCUACAACCCCAUUUGCCAACCCACUUGCAGAAAUCGGAAGCCGAACUGCAACGGCAAGGGAUCAGCAUGCUUAGACCCGCGUUUCAUCGGCGGUGACGGCAUCGUCUUCUACUUCCACGGAAAACGCGACGAGCAUUUCUCUCUCGUCUCUGACUCAAACCUUCACAUCAACGCGCGUUUCAUCGGGCUUAGACCCUCUGGUCGAACCCGAGACUUCACCUGGAUCCAAGCCCUAGGUAUCCUCUUCGGCGCCAAGAACCAAUCUUUCACUCUGCAUGCCACGAAAACAGCCAAAUGGGACCACAAUGUCGACCAUCUACGUCUAUCUUACAACGGAAACGACGUAGUAUUGCCCGAAAGAGACUUAUCUGUGUGGAAGUCUCCCGAAGACGAUAUCCGGGUCGAGAGGACUUCUGACAAAAACAGCGUCUUGAUCAGUUUAUCGGACAUGGUAGAGAUCUGGGUGAAUGUAGUUCCGGUGACCAAGGAAGACGACCGGAUCCAUAACUACCGGAUACCGGAAGAUGACUGUUUUGCCCAUAUGGAGGUUCAGUUCAAGUUCAUGGGUUUGUCCCCGAGAGUGGAGGGUGUUCUGGGAAGAACCUACAGAGUAGAUUUCGAGAAUCCGGCGAAACCAGGUGUAGCUAUGCCGGUGGUGGGUGGAGAGGACAAGUACAAAACGGCGUCGCUUCUUGAAGCAGAUUGUAAGAGAUGCGUAUUCGGCUCCGGUCAGCUCGCCGGAGACUCGCCGGAGAAGAUCGAGACGGUUGUUACGAGUCAAGGGACCGUUGAUUGCACCGGUGGUGGAAGCAGCGGAGUUGGAAUCGUCUGCAGAAAAUAAAAUAUUAACCCAACAGAAAGAAGAAAAGAUAUUUAAAUCAAUGGUUUCUAUUUUCUUUUUAUUCACAUGUGUUUGUUGUAUGUGUUGUUAAAUUUACAUUUGUGAUAUUUUAAUUACUGUUUCGGGCAAUGGUUAAUAUUUACAGACGUGACGAAAGUGUGUUUAUUGUUAUUAUUACCCAAAAUGGGUAAGUAAAUUUAAAUUAUUAGAUGCUACUUAAAAUCACA